AUGGAUCGACGAUUUUUGCAAUUUAAAAGACGAUUAGCGACUAGACAUUUACCAACGAUCAUUCAAUUAGUCGUUAUUUCUUUUGUUUUUGCUACAAUUAUUUAUAUGUCGGCUAAAUUCUUUUAUCCUUCGAUAUCAAAUUUUAUGGCUCCUACUACUCUACCUACAACACCACGUUCUACAACAACAACAAUAAGAACAACAACACAGCAACCAUUCGAGAUUGGAUGUUUCUUUGAUAAAACAAAUGUAACACUUGCCGAUGGUUCUACUCGUUCAUUAGAUGCAUUAAAUAUUGGUGAUGAAGUUCUUGUUUAUUUAUCAUCUGGUCAAUUUGAAAAAAGUCGAGUAUUAACCGUAUUUAAUCAUCAACGUUCAUCUGUUCGUUUUCUGGAUAUAUAUACAACAGAUGAUCAAGAUCCACUUCGUCUUACACCAUCACAUUCAAUUCUUAUCAAGAAAAAUAAUAUUCAACAAUCAUCAUUUUGUUAUGAUUAUGCUUCUAAUAUUGUUAUUGGUGAUUUUGUUUUAUCAGCACAAUCAAAACCGAAACAAGUAAUAAAUAUAAAAGAAACUAUUCUCUAUAAUCAAACAAUUUCUACACCAUUAACAUUUGAAGGAAAUAUUAUCGUAAAUAACUUAAUAGCUUCAUGUUAUGCUACUUAUCAUCAUAAAUUUAUGCAUAUAUUAUCAAUACCCAUUCGUUAUUGGUAUCAAAUAGAAACAUUUCCUCAAUUUAAUCACUUUAUUAUUCAUCUUAUUGAAUUCUAUUCAAAAUUAAGCUUUUAA